AUGUUGAACGAGGUGAGGAAGAUUCAAAAGGACUGAAAAAAGAAAGUUCAUUCUACUUGAAACUACUUCAGCAUAUAUCCAUCAUCAUCGGAAACAUAAGUUACAUAUUCAUGUUUUUGUCAAUUAAAAAAAAUCUUUUUUUGAAGCUUUUAUAACGUUUGGAAUAAAAUCAGUCGGUAUGCCUCCGGUUUUACAGGUGUGAACCUGAAGAAAUAGCUAGUCAUACAAGAAGAUAUGCAAACCGGAUCAUAUUUUCAAAUGAUUUUUGAAAACUUGAGCAACGUUUGUUUUUUGGCGAAAAAAUGUUGAGGCUUUCCGAAAAACUAAAUACUAUCAUGAUCCCUCUCACGAAGUAUUUUUCAUGCCUUUCAACUCUUUUAUUUUUGAGGAAUGGCCCAGAAGUGUUGGAGCUCGUUUUCACUCGCAGAAGAGGUCAUGCCGCGAGGCUCCGCCCAUGUCCUUUUUGCUUUUGGACGACGAAACUGGGAGGCUGAUCGGACAUGCGCGGCUCUGUCUUCUUCCCAACAGGUGUUGCUUCGCCCGGACUCUGAUAUCGAAGACAUUUGAGGUCGAAAGCCUGUUGGAUCGAGUCUGUUCUGAUUAGAAAAUCUUUUCGCGGUCGCGGCCUAGGCAAAUUGGUGAUGCGGCGACUGGAAGAUUGGAUGAGAGACAAAAAUUUUGACGAGGUUUUUUUGCCAACGAUCUGUGUGUGCACAAGUCUCCAUUUCAGGCUUUUCUUUCAACCGAUGACCAAAUAGUUUUUUAUCGAAGCUGCGGCUACGAAGACUGUCAGCCAAUCGUGCAUUCUACUGCAGCCACUUCUGUCUUCCCGAUAAUGUCCAAAAUAGAGGUUCUUGCCUUGAAUCAACUGGCACAUUAUGUCACACUCCCAUGAAAUUGUUUAUAACACCUUUAAAAAAGUAGGUAAACGUCGUAUACAGUAGUGUUCAAUAUAAGGAAUAACACAAGCUCCGUUCUUUUUUGAUUUAGUUUUUUCGCUAUUCUCAAAGACUGACUGAGAGAUUUCAUUCACGGUAUAAAUUACAUUUUUUUUGGCUAGAUAAAAUGGCUAAGCAAAAAAUAUCCCGGAGAAAAGGCGCUUAAAAGCGAUAUUUUCUCUUUCAAAAUAGUUCGAAAAAUUCCUUCAUUGUGUUACUUUUUUUGAGUACUUUUAUGAACACGUGGGGCUGUUCCACUUCUUUUUUUUCUCAGUAUUUUUUUGAUAUGUUAAAUUUACUUCAAAAUAUAUCGUUUUCACUAAUGACCCCAUGAAAAAAUUAGGAGCAAAAAAAAACUGGAAAUGUUUGUAAGUUCGAUUCAAGCGCAGAAUUUUUUCGCCACAUUCAAACGUUUUUAUCCGUCACAACGCUGUAUUCUUGAUUUUCUUUACAGUGCAAUCGAAUCAACCUAAAAUCUGAAAAAAAAGUUCAAAAUCUAAACGUCUGUUGGACCGGAGAUGAUUCCAUGAAAAAAAAAACUUUUGGCGACCAAAAAUGAUAAACGAAAUAAAGAUUGCACGAUAAAUUAUUUCAGAUUCCCCUACAGGCAGAGCAUGCAGAUAGUAGAACACUGGAAAAAAGUAAAGUUUGUAAAAAUGGAAACGUUCCGCCACCUCCACCGCCCCCUCCAAAUACUGCCAUAAAAUCAGCCGUCGUAGCUACAGUACACCAUCAAUACAUGCGAAAGAAACUUGAAAACGUCUUAAAAUAA